GGGGGGGGGCACUAGGAACUUGCUGAACUAAACUCAUGUUUUGAUCACAUUGCAUAGUUAUAAGUUCAAAUUAUGUCACUUUGACCUGGUCUUCUUUUGUUAUUUUCUUCUCUUUUUUCCACUAUGAUAAAUAGAAGAAGAAAAGAAGCAAAAGGGGUCAAAACCCUCAGGUUUAGAGAUCAAUCAAAGCUGGUUAAGCUUGCGAUUUCAGAUACAUCCAACCAGCCCGGCUUUUAGAACAUGUCAUUCAAUCUCAUUGUAUUGUAUUGGAACUUUAAUACGGAUUAUAUACAUACAGUCAGUGGAGUAUAUUUUUUUCGAUGAAUUGACUUGUUUACAGAUUUUAGUUUGUUCUUUCGCAAUCUAAAAAAGCGUUGGUGUUCUAUUAUAAUUGAACAUACACACACAACUGGCAUGAAAAAUGAGGCAUCAACAGUUGGUCUCCCACUCUCCUGCACUCUUAUAGAUGCCUUGUGCAAAGACAAUCAACUCAAGCUUGCACACCAGUUUUUCGAGGAUAUGGAAGCUCAUGGACUGAAACCAGAUAUAAUAACUUGGAAUUCAUUCCUUGACGGCAUGCGUAGGAAUGCACAAAUAGAUAAGGCAGUUGCAACAGUGAAGGAAAUGGAGAGCACUGGAAUGGUCCCUAAUAUUAUUACAUACAGUAUCCUAAUGGAUGGUUUCUGUGAAGCUAAUCGCCUUAGAGAAGCGAUGGACAUCUUCUCCUUUCUCACAGCUAAAGGGCUGCAUGAUGUGCGUGCUUACACCAUAAUGAUAAAAGGGUUUUGUAAAGAAGGGUUGCUAGCAAAAGCUGAUGAAUUAUUGAAGAAUAUGGAGGACAAUGGAUGCUUUCCAGAUGAAUGCACCUUUAAUACAAUUAUUAGAGGAUUUAUAGAUGGAAAGGAUGUUGGGAGAGCUUUAGAGCUUGUCAGGUUAAUGAGAAGCAAAGGGUUUGUUGCUGAUAAUCACACUAUAUCAUCAUUUGUGAGCUUACUCAGUGAUCCAAAUAUUGGUGGUGCAGUUAAGGAAUUGCUGAAACAGGUGAACGCUGAGCAAGCGAUAAUUAAGAGCAAAGGUGGAAGGAGGAAUGACUUAAGCAUAUAUGAUCAGCUGUGACAGAGAUGUGUAAACAGAUAUCAUAAGUGAACUUGUGAAUCAGUAAGUCAUAUGUUUAAUGUAUUUGAUGGAUUGUAGGCAAAAACUUAAUGCCUGUGUUUUUGAAAUUGGAAUGUACAUGUAUGAAGCAAAUGUGGAUUAACCUGUUAA